CCAGCCCAGCCGCUCUGAUGUUGGGAACCAGUUACUCUUCCAUCCUACUCAGUCUACUCUCCUUGCUCUCCUGUUUCAGUCAGUCUGUCUGCCCUCUAGCGUAGUAUUCUCCUUUCACUCACCACUAUUCAUCACCAUCUAGGAUACAUUUACACAAACCCACGCAGGUAGACAGACUACUGUCCUAGUGGACUGAAGAGUUUUACGUUUGGGCUGAUAGAUACAGAUAUAUGUGCAUUACCUUGGAAAGAACUAGAAAGUGGGGAUCUGUAGCAGUGCUGUUGAAGCUGAAGUUUUCCCCUCCACUACGUUUUUUGUCCCAAAGGAUACCACACGCAGCUGCGGAGCUCUCUCAUUUCUGUUUAAUCCAGGCUGCCAGCUCCAACUGCAGCAAACACAAGUCGAUGACUGAGAACUCCGCCUCCCAUGAUGGACAAGAAAAGUGCCAACGGCUUUCAGACCAAGGCCAGUGAGGGCAGUGUUCAGAGGAAGCAGCUGCCCUACUCAGUGGAAACUCCCUAUGGCUUCCACCUGGACCUGGAUUUCCUUAAGUAUGUUGACGAUAUUGAAAAAGGCAAUACCAUCAAAAGGGUCCACAUUCAGCGCAGGGUCAAGGGCCCACCUAAAUUCAGCACUCUGCCCAGAAAUUUCAGUCUUCCUGGACAUGGAGUCAGGCCACCCCCUAAGGAAAAGGACAACACAUGGUCAGGGACAUCCACCCUGGGACCAAAGCCUAAAUCACGGGUGACAGAGGUCCAACAGUUUUUUGACUUCAGGACAAGUGAAGGAGGAACUUCCAGCAAGGGGCCAAUCGGUCAAGGAACUGGCUACGUUUUAUCUAAGCCCAGAGAUGAAGUAGGAGCUGGGGCUCGGGAUGUUGAAGAGAAAAAUGUGGGGAUUCAAAGUCGGCCGAACCUGCUCAGAGCAUCAAGCAUGCCCAUCACCCUACAGCAGCGGAAAGGUUCUGAUUCAAGCAGUCCAGACCGUACUGUGGGAACGCCGGAGAGCGGCUCAACAGAGAACAUGUUCCGAGCUUCACCAGACAUAACAGAGAGACGGUGUGUUCCCCAGGAUCGGACAGGGCUUCACCAGCAGAUCACAGUGGCACUGAAGCGGGUCAGAGAGCUGGAAGAGCAGGUCAAAACCAUCCCAGAACUAAAGGCUCAGAUCUGCUCACUGAGAGAGGAAAGAGAGCAGCUACUACUUCAGCUCCAAGCCCAAGUCAAAGCCCAAGCCCAGGCCCGAGCCCAGGCCCAGGCCCAGGCCCAAGCCCAGGCCCAAGACCAGGCCCGAGACCAGGCCCAAGACCAGGCCCAAGCCCAUGCCCAGGCCCAAGCCCAAGCCCAAGCUUCCACAGCACCCUCUACUAUAGUACCAUGUUCUGAUUCUGGGACACACACACAGCCACAAGGACACAGACCUUCAGAAGGACUCAACUUAGCUCUGAUUACUCAACCCACCGGUGGUUUGGAAGCGUCAGAGCACAUGCCAACAAAGCUGGUUACAGGAAAAGAGAAACAAGUUGUGACAGAGAAAAGUAGAGUGUUACAAAAAGAGAGGGAAAUAAAUCAGGAAUCUGUCAAGAGUUCCUCAGCACACAGAGAAACACAGCCAAAAUCUGAAAGACAAACACAAGCGUCAGAAAAACCAGACAAACAAAAAGGGAUGUUAGAGAGUCCACUGCAGCAGGCAGUGCAAAAGCUAUCACACAACAUUGCAGGACAAGAAUUAACAUCACUUAUGGUGGCUAUAAAAGAUGCAGAGACUAGCAGUAUUCAGGACGGUAAGGCAGCAAAAACAGAAAAACUUGACGACCCAGAUAGUACGCAGAAGCUACAGGAUAAGCUAAUGAUACUGGAAGCUAAACUUACUCAAGCUAGCCAAGAACUUGAUAGAACUAAUACUCUUUUGAAAGAACAAUUACAGGAGAACAAGGUAAAAGAGGAGAGAAUACUACAACUGAGUGAGGGAAUCAGAGUAGAGGUGUGUACUACAGAAACACACAGCAGGCCAAGAAGAGAAAGUAUUGACACAGGGACAGAGACAGAGAAAGUAGAUUUUGCCAACCAAGAGACAGAGACAGAAUCACCUGGUACAAUAGAUAAGGGAACAGAUACAGAUAGAAUCUGUAUUCAAGUGUGCAUUCCCAAACCAAGGACUGGAAGUAUAGAUCAAGAAACAGACACUAGUAACGUCGACACACAUGAACAGGUCUCAGAGAUGGAGGCAGAAGUAGCUGCUGUGAGCCCACCAAGACCCAGAGCCAACAGCAUGGAGCGGGGCACAGUAACUGAGAGGAUCGCCACUCAGGAUCAGAUGACCGGGACACCUAUAGCAGAAAGAGUAAACCAAGUCACAGAAACAGAGGGAGAGACAGUAACAGAUCAUCCACAAAGACCGAGGGCCAGCAGUGUAGACCAGGGGACAGAGACAGAGAGAGUGGAUUAUGUGGACAGCGUGACAGAGACAGAGCGAGCACAGAGAACGGACCAGCAGACUGAGACAGAGAUAAACAGACGACAGGAUAACAAUCCAGCCAGAGGUGCAGAAGCAGGGAGUCAAGUGAGAGAAAAUGCAGACAGUGAAAGAGUAGAAGAUGUAGGUACUGUGGUCAGUGAAAGAGUGGAAGAUAAGGAAGCAAAUGAAAGUAUUCAAAGAGAUAGUGGAGACAGUGAAAGCGUGGUUGUGAAAGUUGUCACAGAGAGUUCAGUUGCAAUUAUAGAAAGCAAAGUUGAACAGACUGUAGUUUCAGAUAUUGUAAGCCGGGAUGAAGGCUUUACCUGUCCACUUGUUGCAGCAAGGGAAAAUACAGAAUCUAAGAUUGAAGUGGUUAGGGCCAAGACUGACUCAGAAACAAAAGAAAUGAUACCCCCCAAGAGUGAGGUAACAGAAAUUGUUGAAACACAACCGAUUACAGUGGAGACUGUAGAGAAGAAACAAACAGAAGAAGGUCAGAUUGUGUGUGCAACAAUCAAAGACACUGUAGUAACUGACACAGUUGUAAUAACAGCAGAGAAUACAGCUAUGAAAGCAGUAGCUCCUGUACGACCCCAGAGAGGCAGAAAACCCUCAGCAGAACAAGCACAGCCUUCACCUCAACUUGAGGCUGCACCUGUACAGCCUCGUCGGGGAUCCAGUGAAACUCAAGCACAGCAAUCCCAGUCCCAGGUGCAGGUACUGGGUCCACCUCAGCUCGAAACUCAAACCCCAACACAGCAGUCUGAACCACAGAUAAAGCCUCUCACCCCAUCUCCCUCUCAGGUUGAAGACCACACUCUAGCAAAGAAGCCUCCAGGGGAGUCUACUGAGAAACAAUCGCAAUCACAACCUCAGACUGAGACCUCUCCAGCCUCUAGUGAAGUCCAAACCCGGCCCAAAUCAAUUCAAGCCCUGUCUCAAACUACUGCACCUCGACGGAACUCGAAAGAGCUGAAAGAAACACAGAAGGGAUCCGGUGUAUCAAAACCUCUCAGUCGUGGAUCAGGAGAAGCCCAGGCCCGUGCAACUCGCCAGGGUUCAUGUGACACCCAACCUCUGUCUCAGGGCUCUCGUCGACGUUCCAGUGAGACUCAACCCCCUCACAAAGAUGGCGGCGAGACGCAAUCACUGCGCAGAGGUUCCAGUGAAACAGCCCAGCGUCGUGGUUCAAGUGAAGCCCAAGCCUCACGUCGGGACACUGGUGAGGCCCAGCCCCCUCGCAGAGGCUCCAGUGAGUCACCAACAUCUCCUGCGGCUUUAGGCCAAGUCGUAACCCGGUUAACAGGGCUUCUGGGGGAGCAGUGGGCACAGCUGGGGAGCAGCUCUGGAACUCAACAGACGGCCAGCCAGCAGGAGAGCCCUAGCACACAGAAACAGACGGCAGGGAAAAGAGCAGAGGCAGGCAAAGGAGCGCCAGCCAAGCCAGCGGGGAAAGCAGUCCCUGCAGCAACAACAGGGAAACCAGCAGGGAAGCCUGGUCCUUCCAAAAUGAGCUCUAUUCAAAGUCAACUGGUCAGCUCCCUCAGUGUCCUCUCUGCCUUCUACUCACCAGGCCAGAAAGCUGCUGCUGCCAGCAAACAGCAAGAACAAGGUCUCAAAUCUAUUAUGAAGAAAAAUGGUGUUGCUGACAAGCAGGGGAACAAGGGAGCCAAGAAAAACCUGAAGUUUGUUGGGGUGAAUGGAGGCUAUGAGACGACAUCCAGUGAAGAGUCCAGUGGAGAUGAGAAGCCAAAGGUGGAGGUGGAGGAGGAAGACAGCUCAGAACCAGAGGCAGAGAAGGAAACACCUCAGCCAACAGAGAGUCUUGAGGACGGAGGAGAGACCCAGCAGGAGGAUGCAGAGGUCUCAGUUGAGGCAGGAGGUGCUGUGGCUGCAGAGAAGGAGGCUGAAAGAGGGCUGAUGGAUCCAGAAGACAGCCAGGAGCUCCUGGAAGAACAGGCUGAUAGGGAGAAAGUUGACAAGAAUUUUAUAGACGCCUGCCUCUAUGUAAAGGACCGCAUGGAGGAGGUUUCAUCCCCAGAUAAAGAAAUGCGUCAGGUUUUAGUGGUGCUCUACCAGGAGUGGUUCAGGGUCUCCAGUCAGAAAGACUCACAGGCCGAUACCGUCAGAUUAUACCUGCGACAAGUGAGCUUGACCACACCCACUCUCUUGCCAUAUGUAGUUAACCUCACAGACGGCAAUGGAAAUAUGGCUCUCCACUACAGCGUGUCGCAUUCAAACUUCCCUGUGGUCAAACUGCUGUUGGAUACUGGUCUAUGUGAGACAGACAAUGUGAACAAGGCAGGCUAUACUCCAGUGAUGCUUGCUGCUCUGACAGCUGCUGAGACCCCUGAUGAUCUGGAGGUGGCACAACAACUGUUGAAACUGGGUGACGUCAAUGCAUGCUCCAGACAGGCAGGCCAGACGGCACUCAUGCUUGCGGUGAGCCAUGGCCGCGUUGCCAUGGUGAAUCUGCUUCUGAGCUCCGGCGCGGAUGUAAAUGCCCAGGACCGCGAGGGCUCCACGGCCCUGAUGUGUGCCAGCGAACACGGACACACACACAUUGUUCGUCUGCUGCUGGAGACAGGUCACUGUGACCUCAGUCUCAAAGAUAAGAAUGGACAAACAGCACAGUCGGUGGCAGAAGGAGCCUCCCACCAAGACAUAGUUGACCUUCUGAAGGCCAACGCUGAGACCCGAGCCUCUGACCCCUCAUCUACCACAGACCUCCUCUGAGCCAGUCCGACCCUGUUUACGUCUCCAAACCACUCCAGCUAGCCGACCCCCAAACUCUUCAAUUUACAAGACCCUCUGCCCACCAACAGAGAAGGAAAAGGUUGAAUUAAGGAAACCAAUGGAGACUCUGUAUGACCCUUGGAUAUGCUCUGUUUACCGUGGAACUACAUAUAAACCUCUUAUACUGGAGUGUCCAGCAAUGUACACCCACAUGUUUCUUCCAAAUCUCUGCCAACAUGCCCUGUGGGUGUUUAUAGAUAUGCUGCAUCAACCACUCAGUGGACAGACAACAAAGGGCGCUGGUCAGAUAGAUGAUAGGACAUUGCCAUAGUAACAAGUGUGAUUGACAGGAUAUUGCUUCGGGGACAGGUGAGAAUAUAAAGUGGAUGAAGAGAUACUCUGACGAACUGCUGCUUUCUAUCAUCAACUAGCUCUUCAAGCAAAAUACUAAGCACAUGAUCUACCUUUCAAAUAUACAAUAUUAAAUAUGACAUCAUUUCUAUUGUUCUUUUACGACAUUGACAUCAUUCUUUUCAUAUUUGGACAUAAGCCAUUAUUGAGAACAUUAUGUAGAAUGUUAUUCUAACAGAUUAUAAUCAUAUACAAACACAGAAAAUGUAUUUUCUACUGCACUUUUUUUAUUGUGUUUGUGAACAGUAAAUAGUCCUCUCAAAUAUAGAUGUCCAGAAGAAACUAUAUAUAUCCAAAAGUGCAAAUUAGAAAAUGAUAUAAAAGAAUAGAACUUCUGGUCAAUUUUCCCUCAUUCAUUGGAUAUUUUACAUCUUUUAAUGUUUUUUUUUUUGCCAUAGUAGUGAUGUUUUUCACGUACAGGAUAUGGUUGAUCAUCAUCUGUAAUUAAUUAUUGAAAAACAGAUGGUUUUGUUAGAGAUAAAAUGUUUCUGUUGGACACAAAAUAAAUGAUUUUUAUAAUCACAACAUAACCAGAAUGAAGAAAGACAAAAGUCUUCUAACAAGAAGAUUGUAUUGUUCAGAAGUUGCUGCAUGCCAAUACACAGUUACUCCCCCUACUGGCUGUCUUGUAGUACUAAACAGUAUGUUGUAAUACUGUCUGUUCUCAUGAUUAACAUCUCUCUCCUUCAACGUCCCUCAGUUGAAAUAUAAUGUAUGUCUUGUUCGCCUGCUCGUUUCAAAUCAAUCAUGUAUGCAACUGCUACAAAAUGCACAAUGAAUGUCAGGCUGGCUGUGAUACAUUCCAAGAAAAAGUGUAGCAAGUCUAACUAUACUGGCAUGGAUCAUGGGACUAACCGAGCCAUAGGCUGUCAGUGGAUAUAUCAAACAUAGGUAUGAGUCUGGAUAUUUUUACCACGUUCAACUAAAGAUAUUUAGUUACUAAGAAAAUCUUGAUUACAAAGAUCUGAUCUGCCUGUCUUAAAGAUAUUAACACUAGUUAACUUUGUUCCUGCCUAAAGGAAUUAAUAUUGUAAAAUGGUAAACUGAACAGAUCUUUAAACUGAAAGUAAAGGGUUAUUUAUGGCUUGCAGUCCUGAAAGAAGCAAUAUUAAUGAAAUACUACCUUUUCAAUCAGACACUAGGUAGGGAGAGUGGGCUUCGGUCUAGCCUUAAUCAGAUGACCAUCCUACAUUUUAGAGGUGAGAUGUGUUUCAGGGAGUGUGGUCUUGUUUUCCACAAACUUACACCCAUAUUCUUAAAGUAUCUUAAAACAGGAAUACUGGUCUGAUAAAAUGUUUACAACUUAACAGCUCCCCUUCAGUGGUCCCAGCAGAUAUCAUCCGUCACGGUUUACAGGAAACAAAGGGAUCAAUCAUUUUCACUGACUGGUGAACAUAACCGUACUUCAUUUUUAUAGGUCGGCAUUUGAAUUAAAGUUUUAAAAGGGUACUCCAGCAAUUUUGUAUUGCACCUCCAAACUAAGACAGUUUUAAAAAGAAAAUGGUAAAAAAUAGAAGCAGCAGACGCCAAGGUAUCCUGAGGUUUUCUGUCAUAAAUGUUUAGUCUCGAGAUAACCCUGAUGACACCAUGUGGGUUAUUUUCUCUGACUGACAAGCUCAUCCAUUGAAAACAUUAUACAACUGUUUUCACAAGCUGAGUAGUACUCAGCAAGCUGAGCAAGCUGACUUAAAUGUUUAAAUUUGCUGUAGUGCCUCUUUAAAUGGUGACUUGGGUUUGCUGGGGUUACUGAAGGCGGAAUUUAAAGGGGAAUACCACUCAUUUUAACAACUGCCAAUGAAAUGUCUGCAUUUACAGUCAGAAAGUAAAUCUACAGUGAUUCUACAGCAUUUGUUUGUUACUGACAACUCACACAUCUCAGCUCUUAUUGUUACUUUUAGAAAGCUUUUCAACUUUCUUUCUGAGAUGCAGUGUGCUCUAACCACUGAUCCUUUGGAAUCCUAAUCCUGCACCAGUAUUCUCUCAUUCCCAGACACUUUAUUAAUGUGGGUGCUAAUAUGGGACUGUAUAGACUGACAUGAAGAUAGACCUAUUAUAUAUAUAUUAUAUAUUAUAUAAAUAUCUUGAUUAUAUAGUAGUAUAUAGAGUGGCUGCAUUUACUCAGCAACAAUGGGAAUUUUUCAACAGUGGCUUAAUAGUCAGAUCAUUAUAAUUUGUUGAGUCACAAAGUAGCACAGAUUUUCCCUCAACAAUGAGACUGCAUUUACACAGGAUCAGAAACUUUGAACUCUGUGCAGCACAUCUGAUCAUCACUGGUUGUCUGUAUAUUAAGGGAUUGGAAAUUAUAGUCUGUGUAGCUUCCCACAUUUCAGACAGCUAAAGGAUGAUCUGAUCUGUGCUGUGUGAAAUAUCUGGUAUAUCUGGUCUUCCGUGCCUGUGUAUUAAGUCUUAAAAUAAGUCACAAUCCAUAUGUUUAAUCCAGUGUGACCCAGAUGUAAUAAGGUUUCAUAACUGGCUUAACACCAAAGAACUGAAAUCAAAUCUGUUUCACAGGGGGUUAAGUAUAUAGUUGUAUCUGUUUCUGUAAAUUCAGCCAAAUACUGUACAUAUAGUAUUGUGAAAAAUAUAUAACAAGUAUUGUCUGACAGUUUGCUCUAAAAAUUAUAUUAAGUAUUUAUUCCAAAUGCUAUAUUUUUUACCAUAUAUAGUAUACUUAUGUAUGCAUGGACAAAUAUUCCAGUGAUUCUGUUGGAGGGGAAUUUGGAUGAUUGGAAAUUAUGCUGAGUGUUCCCUGACGAUGUGAUUAUUCAUCUAUCUGAUUGGUUGGGUGGUAUAGUACAUGUGUGAUUUGACAAGGUUGUGGACUGUGUCAUGUGCCCUUUAAUGCUACCUUUAACAUUUGUGGGGAAAAUAUGAAGCAGAUUUGACACUGGCUUAAGCUAUAAGGGUAAUGUCUCCCUUGUUUGAGUACUGAAAAUCAAGUUGUAUGUACAUGACAGAGUCAAAUGUAAAAACCUGUACCUCUCUAAAAUAUUCCUUGUACAAUGGGCUUAUAUGUUACAGAGAACUACUUCUAAAUAAAUAAAUAUGAAGAUUAAAAUAUUGAA